UUCAAAUCUUCCAAAACACUUUCGCAGAAAUGCGAGCUAGUGGAAGGGAAAUUAUCGAUAUGAACUGAAGCGCAUCGGAGUUUUCCAUCUUCUUGUGACCAGAACGCGAUAUCGUUUAAUCCAUCUUCGUUUUAGUUGUGUUUAAUACAGGAAGUGAAGCAUAAAAGCAACGCCACGGUACGCGUUUACGGUUCCGAGUUUUGGAAAACCCCGUAGCUUCUUUGCACAACAUUCUUCCGGACAAGCGGGAUCGUCUGCUUGUGUGGUGUACUGUAUUCCAAGAAGCGAAAAAAGUCUGUGUGUUCACCGCAAAAUUGUUCUGUAAUCCUCGUGCUCGCGGAUCGGUUGUGCUUCGUGUACCUUUUCGUCAGUAAAUCCCCCUGCCCGUUCGAAUGUGAAUCAUCACAGCGCUCCAGUUGAAGAAACAGUAGCUGCAAGAAACCUGUGCAAAACUUGCAUCCGUGGAUAUGCAAUCAACCAACACGGUUGUGAUGGAAAAUAAUCGCACCAAGACGUCGGGCAGCAGCCAUCGGCUGAAUCCGAAUGAUUUUUACUUCGGCAAAAUGCUGGGCGAAGGAAGCUUCAGCUGCGUUUACCUGGCCAAAGAAGUUAGAACAUCGAAGAAAUAUGCAAUAAAAGUGUGCGAAAAAAGAUUAAUAUUGCGCGAAAAGAAGCAGGAGUACGUGAAGCGCGAACGGGAGGUGCUUAAUCGACUUACCGGGAAGCCCGGAUUCCUCGGCCUGUACUGCACAUUUCAGGACCGUACCAAGCUGUACUUCGUCAUGACCUACGCCUGCAAUGGCACACUGCUGACGCUACUUUCACGGCCUUCGUUCACGCUCGAAUGCGCCCGGUUUUACGCUGCCGAGAUACUGCUCGCACUGGAAACGAUGCACAAUCUGGGCAUCCUGCACCGAGACAUCAAGCCGGAAAACAUCCUGCUCGACGGUAAAAUGCACGUACUGAUGGCCGACUUUGGUUCCUCCAAGCUGGACUACAAGGAGGAGGACGAGGAGCUGGUGACGGGUAGCGAGGAAGAAGCGAACGAGGAAAAGAAGGAUGAACCGUUAUCGCCACCCAGCACCAUUUCGCGGAAGCUUGCCCAGCGGGUCCUGGUCGGUAUGGUGGACGCGGACGAGGACGAUACGGACGAUGCCGACGACGGGCCACCGGCGGUCGGUCCAACCCGGCCCAACAAGCGUCGCAGUUUCGUCGGCACGGCGCAGUACGUUUCGCCCGAAAUCCUCACCGGAACACCGUCGUCACCGGCGUCGGAUCUGUGGUCGUACGGCUGCACGAUCUAUCAGAUGGUGUGCGGUGUGUCGCCGUUCCGCGGUGCGUCCGAGUAUCUUAUCUUCAAAAUGAUUCUCAGCUGUCAGGUAUCGUACGCGGAUAGUUUCGAUCCGGUGGCGAAAGACAUCGUGGCACGCCUGCUGCAGCUCGAGCAACGCAAACGGCUGGGUGCUUGCAAUAAUCCACGGUACUGCACGAUACGGCAGCACGCGUUCUUCGACGGGAUCGAUUUUGAGCAUCUGCGCCAGCAACCCGCACCGUUGCCAUCGACCACGGAAUCAGUAUUAAACAGUGACACCAGCUCGCUGAACAGUGUCUACUUCCCCGAGGGCAUGCAGCCCGGUCUGGACGAUCGGCAAAUAUCGCGCCUGUUCGAUUUUAAGCUGGCCGAGCUGAAAGAAAACGAAGACGUGCCGGAUGAGGAAGAGACCGACGGGGGAGGAGCGAGCGAUGCUAGCACUGGUCGUGGAGAAAGAGGAGGGAGAGGGGGAGGAGGUGGUGGAGAAAAGGGGGACACGGAGACUCAUCGUACCGGAUCGUGCCGCACCGCAACUACUAACGUCGCCAGCCUAACACGUUCCGGCUUAUCCUCGCUAAAGUUCUUCAAAUCGGUCGAAGAUGUGAUGAAGAAUGAUCCCGGACCGGUUAGCCAAUGGCAGCGGUUCGCCGACGGUGAGGAGAUCCUUAAGUACGGCUUCAUUUACAAACGCAAGGGAUUGUUUGCCCGACGGCGUAUGCUACUGCUCACGAAGCGACCGCGCCUCAUCUACAUCGAUGCGGUCAAUAUGGUGAAAAAGGGCGAAAUUCCCUGGACGGCCGAUCUGUCGGUCGAGGCGAAGAACUUCAAAACCUUCCACGUGAUCACGCCAAACCGAGUCUACUACCUAGAAGAUCCGGAAGGAUUUGCCCUCAAGUGGUGCGAUACUAUUACCGACGUUCAUCGAAAAGCUUUCCUAAAUAGCGAGAAUAAUGAUAACAAUGCCGUCAAUCAAGGCGAAUGAGAUGCGCGUGUGUGUGUGUGUGUGUGUGUGGGAAAGAGAUGCAUGUGAGUGUGUGCGAUUAUUGAGCGUGUGAGUGUGUGUGUGUGUGUGUGCGGAACAUCUUGUCGCCGGCUACUGCGAUCGUGUAAAUCAUGCGUAUAGGAAUAUAGGAUAGGAGUGAAAACCUUAUGAGAAUGAUGACUGUUAGGCAACAACACAGUUGGGCGAGUAAUGCCACAAUAAUAAGCUAGGAAUCAAGUAAAAUAUAGAACCACUUAAAUCUGC